AUGGCUGAGAUGCCGCAGGAGCUUUCCGCCGCUGCAUGCGGCUUUGCCAGAGCUGUUGUCCGGACUUAUGUGGCGGACAAUCGCACCCGGGAUGCAUUGACUGUGCAAGAGACUGUACGAAGCCGUCUCGACCCGCACAAGCCUCGUCACAGCAUUUGGUCCAAGGAAAUUUCUGCUUCGUACCGCAAUGCCGGUGACUCGGAGGCCGUACUUCGACUGCAUCUCGAGUCCUGGGAGCUCUACGUGGCAACCCUGGGCCCUGACAGUGGAGUAGCCUUGGAUUGGGCUCGCGGAGCUGUGUACGAGUAUCAACAGGCGGGUGAUGGUGAUGCAGCGCUACAGUUCCAUCACAGAGCCAGAAACCUCCUUCACCCAACAACUGCCAACUAUGUCGCUUGGUCGCGCCAGCUGAUUCAUAUGUAUCAACGCCAGCAGAUGCAGGCAGAAGCUCUCGCCGUCACCGAAGAAGUGUUCCAGCAUCUUACUCCACAUGAUACUGGAUACAGAGCAUGGGCUGCUCAGCUGUGCGAGCAGUAUUAUGUCCUAGGUAGGAACGACAUGUCAAUUUUAGUCUGCGAGACCACAUUCGCCGCAAUCAGUCAAUGUCUGCAACAGCACCCUAAUGAUAACUCUUGGAAAUUCCACGCUCGUGGAGCUCGCCUGGCGUUGGCUAAGGAAUACAGACGGGCUGGGAAGCCUAACAGGGCGCUUGCAGCUGAAGCGCUGUGUGAAUAAUGUAAAGAGCAGUGUUCUCGUUCUUUUUGUUUUUAUUUUUAUUCUUUAUUCUUUUCUAAGAUCUUCCCUUUAUUAAGUCCCUAAUACUGUGUCUAACCUCGGCAUGCAGUGUACUCUCUGUUGCUCAUCCUAAUGGUAGCCUGCUUACAGGUGUAGACUAUUGAGCGGAACACUAGAUAAUGGGCG